AUGCCCUUCAACUGGAGGCGGCCCUUCCGCACCGACGGCGGCGGCGGCGGCGGCGGCGUGCAGACGGAGCAGCAGCAGCAGCGGAACGGCGGGGGGAGCUCCUCCUCGGUCGACCGCUUCGACAGCUCCGGCGAGGUGACGGAUGGCAGUCUCAAGUACACGCUCGAGAAGGGCGAGAACGACUCGCCCGUCUCGUACCAGGAGGCCUCGGGCGCCCCCGUCGAGCGCCGCUCGCCCCUGGGCUACGACGUCGGCAGCAUCACCAUCAUCUUCCUCAAUGUCAGCAAGAUGAUUGGCACCGGCGUCUACUCGACGCCGUCGGCCAUUUACAAGGGUACCGGCUCGGUAGGCCUGGCCAUGAUCUACUGGACUCUCGGCUUCUUCACUUCCCUGGCCAGCCUGUGCGUGUACCUGGAGUACGCGUCCUACUUCCCGAACCGGUCCGGCUCUGAGGUCGUCUAUCUGGAGCAGGCCUAUCCCCGGCCCAAGUGGCUCAUCUCAACCACUUUUGCCUUCCAGUCGGUUGCGUUAUCCUUUAGCAGCAGCAAUGCCAUCGUGAUGGCCCAGUAUCUGUGGCGAUGUGGAACAAGCACUCCGACCGACUGGCAGCUCAAGGGAACUGCCAUCGCUUGCUAUACUUGUGCUUUUCUGAUCGUCGGUUUCCACACGCGCUUCUCGUACUGGGUGUCCAACGGAAUCGGCAUCAUCAAGGUCCUCACCCUCAUCUUCAUCUCCAUCACCGGCUUCGUCGUCCUCGGCGGCCACGUCUCGCGCGUUCCCGAACCCAAGGCCAACUUUGUCAACGCCUUCGAGGGCCACGCCACCCCCUACGGCCUGACCAACGCGCUCUACCGCAUCAUCUUUUCCUACGCCGGCUACGAAAACGCCUUUAACGUCGUCAACGAGGUGAAGAACCCCGUCAAGCAGCUCCGGCGCAACGGCUUCGCCGCCCUGGUCAUCGUGACGGUCCUGUACAUCUUUGCCAACAUUGCCUGGUUCUCCGCCAUCCCCAAGGCCGAGCUGGCCGAGGCCAAGGAGAUCGCCGCCGCCCUCUUCUUCAGCCGCGUCUUUGGGCCCGACAAGGCCGUCAACGGGCUCAACUUCCUCAUCGCGCUCAGCUCGUUUGGCAACAUCGUGGCCGUCGCCCUCGGCUCGUCGCGCCUGAUUCGCGAGUGCGGUCGCCAGGGCGUGCUCCCCUUCCCGCGCUUCUGGGCGUCGACGCGGCCGUUCGGCACGCCGCUGGGGCCGUACGCGCUUAAGUACACGCUGACGGUGCUGAUGAUCCUGGCGCCGCCGGCGGGGGACGCGUUCAACUUCAUCAACGACCUGUACGUCUACCCGAGCUCCGUCUUCCAGGUCCUGCUCGGCGUCGGCCUGCUCCUCGUCCGCCGCCGCCGCCGCCGCCUCGGCCUGCCCCGCUCCGAGUUCCGCGCCUGGGACCCCGUCAUCGCCUUCAACAUCCUCGUCUACGUCUACCUGCUCGUCAUGCCCUGGUACCCCCCGGCCGGCGGCGCCAACGCCGGCGACGUCAGCUUCUGGUACGGCACCUACAUCGUCACCGGCAUUGGCAUUCUCAUCGGCUGUGGCAUUUACUACUACCUCUGGGUCAACCUCAUCCCCCACGUCAAGGGCUACCGCAUACGCCAGGAGGUCCUGGUCUUUGAGGACGGUGCCCAGUCGCACAGGCUGGUCAAGGUGCCCGUGGCUGAGGUAGCCGAGUGGGAUGCCACCCACGACGCCGUGGGCAGGCCACUCAAUGUCAACAACGGAAAGUCCGGCUCGGGCUCGCAUCAAAAGAAUGACGACCAAGAGGAGGUGGGUAAGGUGGUGCGGAUUGGUGACCCCGAGAAACAAUAA